AAAAAAACAGAAAGUGGAGGAAAGCCCAGUGCGCAGUAGCGGAAAUAGAUGACGGGUCGUGAGGGAGAGCGGAAGAGGGUGUCUGGAGAUCACAAACAUGAACAAGCUGAAAUCCUCACAGAAGGAUAAAGUUCGCCAGUUCAUGAUUUUCACCCAGUCCAAUGAGAAAACCGCACUAAACUGUUUGUCUCAGAAUGAAUGGAAACUAGAGGUCGCCACAGACAACUUCUUCCAGAAUCCCGAACUCUAUGUACAAAACCUAAAGGGGUCGUUUGACAAGAAAAAGUUAGAACAGCUCUACAAUCGGUACAGAGACCCUCAUGAUGACAAUAAGAUUGGUAUAGAUGGCAUUCAGCAGUUCUGUGAUGACCUGGGUCUCGAUCCAGCCAGUAUAAGUGUGCUACUGAUUGCCUGGAAGUUUCGUGCUGCAACGCAAUGCGAGUUUUCAAAGCAGGAAUUCAUGGAUGGAAUGACAGAACAAGGAUGUGACAGCAUAGAGAAGCUUAAAGCACAAUUACCCAAAAUGGAGCAGGAGUUAAAGGACCAAGGGAAAUUUAAAGACUUCUAUCAGUUUACCUUCAACUUUGCAAAGAAUCCUGGACAGAAAGGAUUGGAUUUAGAAAUGGCAAUCGCCUACUGGAAUUUAGUACUGGCUGGACGCUUCAAAUUCCUAGACCUGUGGAACACAUUUUUAGUGGAGCACCAUAAGAGAUCCAUCCCCAAAGACACUUGGAACCUCUUGUUAGACUUCAGCACAAUGAUAACCGACGACAUGUCCAACUACGAUGAGGAGGGAGCAUGGCCAGUACUUAUUGAUGAUUUUGUGGAGUUUGCUCGACCGCACAUCGGGACCAAGAGCACAGCCGUCUAGGCCUUUAAGGUCCUAUCGAGGGCCAUCUGGACCUCUGCUUUGGCUCCCAGAGCACAGAGAACUGGACUAAAAUCUACAUUGCCUUUCCAACCCUCAGGAUCGAGACGUCUGUGUACAGCAAAGACAUUUCUAAGACGCGUCUCCUCUUCAGUCAUCUAGCGGUGGUUUGGGCUUUUUAAAUCGUAAAUUUUGGAUGUGUGCCACUUUUGUGUCAACCCAACUCAGCAGAAGCUGGUUCGAGCUCUGGGACCUCAUCAUGCUUUCCCCAGAAGGGCAAAGGCUAAAACCCAACAGACACUCAGACAUGCCGAAAUUCAUCAACUAUUAAAUCAUAAUUUUAAUACUC